AUAUUUCCUCCAGGUCCUCAGUACGGUCUGGAGCACUAAAGGAGUGGGUGUUGUCAAGUGUCCUGUGCGUCGGUUUGAAUUGUUGCUUAAGCAAUUUUGUGGUUUUACAGUUAUGGUGGAAUAAUAAUGUACAACAGUAAUUAGAAAAGUAUACAAGUCAAAUAAGUUUAUUAAAAAAGAGUUUGACUAAGAGCAGGGAUGUGCGGUGUGGUGGUGAUUGUUACGCGGUGGUGGCUGGGGUGGCUGCUGUGGACUGUGGCGUGUGUUAUGGCUCUGCUGGGGGCCAACCUCUCCCCCUCCUGGCUUCUGGGGCCGCCGACAACGCCCUACUCCCCACACGCGGCUCUCGUUACUUCUCCUGGACAGCCUCAGCCUGCUUUCUCCACAGACUUCCUCAAGGAACAGUUUACUGAGCCGUCAGCGUGGGGAUCGGGGCAAGAGAGAGAGUCCCUUGGACUUUGGCUUCGCUGUACUAAGAUGGGCACCGGGGCCAGGUCCUCCCUACACUGUGGUGUGUACAUCACCAACGUACCUGACCUGCCAGCUGCCCAGAUAGUGGCACUUGUGGCGGUGGUGGCAGCGACGGUAUUGACGGUGGUGUCGUGUGGCGCCAUCUGUAGCACCGCCUGUGUUAGACUCAUCAAAGGCAAGAGUUGGUUCACCAUCAUCGGCUCCGUCCAGGCCUUCGCAGGUGUGUUGAGCCUGGCAGGUGUAGCAGCCUUCCCCCUAGCGUGGGACUCCCAGCGGGUACAGAACCAGUGUGGGGCCGAUGCUGGCAUAUACUAUCCUAGCAGCUGUACUGUGGGCUGGGCUACCUACAUCACCUUGGCCAGCAGCAUCGGUUUGCUCAUGUGCACUUGUCUCUCCUCCUUCGCUGCCAAGUCCACCUCCACGGAAGACGUCGCAGAGGAAAUCAGCAAAGGCAGCAACGUCGUAUGUCUUAUAUAAACAAGAAAAGUUGAUAUGGUAGCCAUAUUGUUCUUAGUAUUAUUAUCUCUCCUCAGGAAAAGUUAAGUUAGUGUUUUUAGCUGCUUCUUGCGUGUGUGUUGUUGGGGCUCCAUCGUUGACUCUCUCUCGCUUCAUUUUGUCAAUGUCUGCCUCAUUUUGUUAUGAUUCAGAAUAUUUUUCAUUCAAUCUGUGACGCAAAUCAAUGACUUGUACUGUAAGUAAAGUUGACACCUUUAUUCUCGUUCAUUACAAUGCGUUUAGCUUUUCUGAUGUCUGAAAGAAAGGCAACUAAAAGCAUAACCCCUGACAUGACUUUGGUGGUUGAGGGAACCUUCUGUGUGUAGGCAACUCUCAAGUGCUGGAGGAAACAGUUUGUCUACCUUGAUAGAUAAAUAGAUCAAUAGAGAGGUAGAGAUAAACAGACACUCCUAUAGUUACAAGUUAUAGAUAUAUUGAUCAACAGAUGAAUAAAUAUAUAAUCUACCAGUUAAAAAUAUCAGUAAACUUUACGAGCACUAUUUUUAUUAAUGUAGUUUAACCUCUUCUUGAAGUGUCAGUACAAUGAUAUAUAACAGAAAGAAAACAAACAUUAAGAAUACAGUAUGAAUUUUUGGUGAUUAUACUGACGUGGAUGUAUCAUGACUGUGUUGAUACAUAUGUCUCUAAAGUAUGAUUGUUACUCUUAAGCUGUGUACAGGUGUAUGACUCUUGCUGUUUACAGUUUUAAGAUUUUAUAUUGUGACAUUAUAGCAGACUGGAAACAAUUAUAUCUGUGCUGUUUUUUUCCCAAUAAAAUAUUAGAGUCC